GACUGGUGGCAGGGUAAACACCAAGAAAACCCCUCCAAUCGAAAAACACACCAGGAAAAUGGCAAAACGUCCUCCGGCAAGUCGUAACAUCGGGAAAAACAAAACUACACUUUCAUUUUGCAUUUGGAUGUCUUUGAACUGAGCUUUUAACUUCAAGAAGUCAUAUUCUGGAUUCUUGGUUGGAUCUUAUACAGAAAAAAAUGAACUGCCAGCCAAAUUCCGUAAAUAAAAGGUGCUUUGUGAACUUGUGCACGUGCACUUCGCAAUCGAGGCCGGAGAAGGUUUUUUUCGCCGUGCCGACUAAGGAGAGCGAACGGCAAGAGUGGUUCGACUCCGUAGGGCAAUGCUUUACAAAAAAAACCAACCAGAAACUGUACUGCUGCAGCGAUCACUUUGAUAUGAAAGAUAUGGUGAUAUCUAUGAAGAGGGACAGCAACGACGUCCUCAUCAAGCUCAACAGUACAGCAAGGCCUAAAGUGCAAUUUCCCACUAUUAAUAAAAGUCAAACCGUUGGGAAAGAUACGUCAAAAACAUACGUACGCGUAAAAGCUUCUUCAUUUGGGGCUGAUGUCACAAAUAAAAUGGAAUGUUACAUGGAAGUCAACAAUGUAGGCCAAAAUGCAGGUGUCACAAUGAGCGGGCCGAUCAACCUUUUCUCCCAUGAAAAUAAUGUCGAUAACCAACAUGAUUCACCAGAAAAAGUGAAAAAUCUUUCACCCAGCGCCAACACAUCUACAGACAAAGAAUUGCAGGCGAAGAUCAUCGACUUGAUCAAGGAGUUUAAUCUUCUUAGGCAGGAAGUUACAAAACUCACCGAAUCUGUUAACGAGACACUAGAUCCAGCCGAUUUCAUGGUUGUCUACGGUACAAUAAUCAAGCAGCUUUACAAGUUUAACAAGUUACUGCCAGAUGUAAAGCGUUUUCUAUCUUAUACCGGCAAAGGUACCACGGUUCUGAAAUUUGUAGAAGACGAUCUUAUCAAUAUGCAACUUAAUAUAUCUCAGCUAAUACUGAAAGAAUAUAAACAGUCCGUUAACAAAAAACCUUCGCUUCAAUGUUAUAAGCAUUGUUUUGUAUAUAAAUGUAAAAACAAUUGUCAAAGGUCACCUCUACAAAUUUUUCUCACUGUACCUAAAAAUAAGAACACACGGGAAAAAUGGUUCAAGGCAUCUGGAACGCCUAUGAAUGAAGAUCAUCUGUCUGAAUUGUUGUUUUGUUGCGACAGGCAUUUUACCGAUAAAGAAUUGGAAAUAUUAUGCAUGAAACCUUCAGAAAAUCAUGAUGUAGUUCCUAAACCAUAUUCAUCGGCCUUGCCGAUUCAAAAAACUUUUAACUUCGAAGAAGAUGCGAUAUUUAAAGAUUCCUGCAAUAAGAUCAAAAACAUUUGUAACAAGUUGAGGCUGAAGAGGUAUUCUCACAUGCAUUCCCUUCGAAAACUGAAAAUUGGAAUAAUAAAGAAGAGCGAGAUGAUAGAGAGCGAGUACAAAUCGCUGCUGAGCACAAUCAACAAACACAGGAGCCAUUUCAAAUCCUUACAGGAAUCCAUUGAGAAGCACCUCAUCAUAAACGACGAGGAAGAAAAGGUCAAAGCAGAUUUCGAGUACACAUAUUUUAAGAUAGAAGACUUGCUUCUUCAGCUUUAUAAAUCGAACGACAGUAAGAUAAAUUCCAAGCCUAUACAAUUGUCGGAUUGCGAUGACGAAAGUUCAAACGAUGAAAUCGGCAAGCGUGAAUUUUUAUCAUCAUCAGACAGUGAUGUAGAAUUUAUACCUGGUGGGGAUGAAAUGUGCCAGAUGAAUCCCGAUUGCAUACUUCUUACUGGCAGCGAUCUUGAAACUUCAGACAGCGAAGAUGUCAAUCAGCAGAAUCCUGAUAGCAUACUUAUAUCCGACACUGAUGUUGAAGUGUUAUCGGAUGAUGAAAUUAUCAGUACGAAUUCCACACCUGUUCAAAUUUCAAACAGCGACAUUCCGACUAAAAGCAAAAACAAAAACGCAACGACUUGCAAAAAUAUAAAAAGUUCUAAUUGUGAUGAAAUUAUGCAAAAUGUCAAAAGCCAACAUGGUUCGGAAUAUUUGCAAGAUUCAAGUAACAGCCCUGAAAGCGUUCCGAGCGUACAAUUUAAGGAAUCGGAUAAUAAAGUGGACAAAAAGAAAAAGAGUAAACCUUUUGAGAUAAGAUCCUGUUUUGUCCCGACAUGUUCAAACAAUGAUUUUACCAUGCCGCAUAAAAAAUAUAUAUUGGUACCGAAGGGAAAAUUAAGGAUAAAAUGGUUUAACUCUGUUGGACUUAAUGGAGUAACCACUGCUUGUAAAGUGUAUUGUUGUGAAGAUCAUUUUACCGUAGAAGAGCUGCAAAAAUUAUAUCAAAAAGAGGAUAUCACCUAUUGUAAAAAUAUUAUACCCAACCGUGAUUUAAGGACUGAAAUUUUAUCAAAUAGGCCCUCUAUUUCAUCACUGCAAAAUUGUAAAACACCUAGAGUUAAAGAGAAAGUUUGUUUUGUGCCCAGCUGCAUAAACACGAGCAGUUACAUCCCAAAAAUGCAUUUCUUCAACGUACCGCAAGAUUCCAAUACAAGGGAUAUGUGGUACAAUUCCGUAGGGUACGUCGCCGAAGAAAAUGACUGCUUCAACCAGUACUGCUGCGCCGACCAUUUUAGAAACGAGGAUAUCAUGAAAGCGCCUGGUAGGAUCUGGCUGAAGCCAGACGCUUGCCCCGUAAUUGUCAACAAUGAUACAUUAUUAUUACCUAGUUCCGAUAGUGAUGAUUAUGUAGUUAUAAAAGAAGAAGAACCAGAAGAUGAUUUUAGUGCACCAUUGUUAAGCGAUGUAGAACUGAAGGUCGAAGAGGAUUAUGAAGAAGUAAAAUUCAAAAUUAAAACCGAAGAUUCCAGCGAUUCCAGUUUAUUCAGCAAGGAUGGCAACAAUUAUGAAGCGAUGGCAAAUUGUGAAGAGUUUUUGGAAAAAGUCGAAGAGAGUUGGGAUAAAUUUCAAAUUGUACAAGAAAAAAUAAUAAACCUCGUCAAUGAAGACAAUAAAGAAGUCAAAAUAAAGAAAUUGACCAACAAAAGCUACGGGGAUAUGAAAGAGGUGCUUAAUGAAAUCCUCACGCAACACAAUUCGGAUGAUAGUAUAUUAAAAAUGUACAGAGAAUUGAGCUUGCUCAAGGACAAGAUCGACGAAAGCAAAGUCCCCAAGAACGUAACUGACUUUUUAUUGAAAAAGGCUCCCAAUGAAGAAAAAAAAGGCCAGAGUUUGGAGGACAAUGCGCUUUUGCAAUAUGUGAACAUUAAAGAUGUGAAAAAAUUGUCUUCCAUGAUAGAGAAAAUGGAUACAAUCAAGAAGAAUAUAGAAAAGGAGUAUGAAGUGAUCGAAGAGCAACUGUCUAAAUUGACUUCUCUUGGUGAAACAAGAAAAACCAUCAUAAAUAAAGCCAACAAAUUGCUCAAAGAAGGAAAUAUGCAGAAAGGGAUACAAUUGUUAAAAAGCGAAUUGACGCUACUGAGGGAAAAAAAGGCCAAAGAGAUAGUUAAGCUUAUUUCCGAAUCUGUAGAGAUGCGCGAAGUGAGUCAGAAGAGGUGGGACGAUUGGAUCGAGAAGUAUUGGAUAAUGUUUAACGCCAUGGAAGACAACUUGUCCAACCUUUUGAAAAAGAUCAACAAAAAAAACAGAUUGGAGAAAAGCAUCAGAACAGAAUAUAAAAAGCUUGAAAAGAAACUUGAUGAAAUUCCAAGUACGGACGAUCAAAUUAAACCUACAUGCGAUAAUGCUAUGGGUAAAAAGCGAAUACGUACAAGUGCCCCUGAAAUAGAUGAACCUGAACAAAACAUCUCUGGUGAGUCUUUUAAACGUAGUGAAAAUAUAGAAGAAAAGCUUCCAUUUAAAAAACUGAAAUCAAACGUAUUCUUACCUGAAAAAUCAAUAGGAAUAGUUAACAAAGCAUGUUCCACGAAUGAUGAUAAAACGGAGGUUGUAAAGAAGGCUGAUGAGAUGUUAUUCAUUCAGCCGAAAAUCAUGACCUCUAAGCUCGAAAUGGACCUUUAUAAUGACGAUGAAAUAACUGAAGGCUACGAAGAGCCAGAAUUGCUGUUAAAUCAGCCGUCAGGAGAUUGUGUACUCACUAUCAAUGAAUUUGAAACGUACUCCUUAAAUAAAGGAAAUUCAGAGAGUUAGCUCUAGCACAAUGCACCAAAUCAGAAUGCUGACUGUAAAUCACGAAAAAG